AUGGAGAAGGAAAGAUUUAUUGCACUUGGCCGAGAGCUAGGAUUGGAGAAUGCUGAGCUCAGAGACUGGGUAGAACGAGAGUGCGCUCAAGCUCGCGAUGAACGCGCUAAAGAACGCGAGGUUGCAAAAGAAAAUGAAGCGCGACAACAAAAGCUACUGGAGCAGCAGCAGAAAGUGCAAGAACAGGAGCUAAAGAUUUUGGAGCUGAAGCUUCGACUUCAGGAAAUCGCGGGAAGACAAUCAGCCGAGGCUGGUGAACCAGGGGGAUCUGCCACGAGCACUACACGUGCACCGGAUGUGUGCAGUCCUCAUAAAUUGAUUCCGCCCUUCAAUGAAGCUCGGGACGACCUCGACGCGUACCUGCAGCGAUUUGAACGGGUCGCAACGUGUCAAGGGUGGCCGCGUGAAAAGUGGGCUCUUUCCCUUAGCCUAUGUAUGACGGGAGAAGCACUAACCGUCAUAGGCCGGUUAGAUCCAACAGCCGCGCUGAAUUAUGAUCAGCUAAGAGCAGCGCUUCUCCAGAGGUUCCGCUAUACUGCGGAAGGUUACCGUGAAAAGUUUCGUAAAGCCAAGCCCGAAGAGAACGAGACUGGUCUACAGUAUGCUGCAAGACUCUCCGGUUACUUUGACCGUUGGCUGGAGAUGGGCAAAACGGAGACAAGCUUUGCUAGCUUGAGAGAAUUAAUAAUUUGUGAGCAGUUCAUGAAGGGUUGUUCUCCAGCACUCAGGAUCUUUCUCAAGGAAAGAAGUUGCAAGACACUGAGUUCGCUGUGCGAGACUGCGGACAACUUCAUGGAAGCGCAGGCGCUCACAAACUUAGGAAAAGAACGGAUUCCCAAGGAACCAGGACCGUCGGUGUCGAAGUCGGAGUCUGCGAAGAAGAUGGAGAAGGCCUCAAGUCGCUGUUACCUGUGUGACAAGGCAGGCCAUCGCGCAGCUGACUGCUGGUCCCGCACGAAAGGGAAUACUGCCAGCCGAUGUGAAGUAUGUCAGAAACGUGGUCACAGCAGUGACAGAUGCCCCGGUAAGAAAUUUAGCAAAGACCAGGCAUCAUGUAUGCUGUCGGAGAAACAGGAAACUGUGACAUCUGAACAACAUAAGAGUGGCUACGUUGUUCUCCAAGACGGUGAAACAAUACCCAUCGUCAAUGUCACAUCAAGUCGACGAUCUGAGACCGUUGGAGUCACUGAUAUGCCUGUUGUGAAGGGGUUCCUAGAGAACAGACCAGUGCAUGUACUUCGAGACACCGGUUGUAACACGGUCGUCGUGCGGCAAUCCUUGGUUCCUAAGGAGAAGUUCACGGGAACAACUAGUCCAGUGUACUUACUGGACCGCACCGUGCGAUACCUCCCAGAGGCAAAAGUAUUUUUGCAAUGUAAAUUGUUUACUGGGGAGGUACUAGUUAAGUGUAUGACUGACCCAUUAUACGACGUCAUUUUGGGCAACAUCAAGGGCGCAGAAUUGCCGGAUACGUUACCUCCAAAUAAGUCAGCACCACAUGGCCAUGUGGAAACAAGGCAUGCACCGUGCACAGACUCUAGCAAAGUAAAUGCUGUCACUGGUGCGCAGAAUGUAUCUGGCGAUUUGCCCGCAUCCCAACCAAGAUCGAAUGCAAAGGAAGCGUAUGAACGCUCACGUGAAGACAUGGAAAAGCGGCCCCAACCUGAAGAAGUCCUCGUUGGGAAAGCAGGAGAAACGAGGAAGCAUACUUCCUUACCUGUGAUGACGCUGCCUGCUUUAGAAGUGGGAAGUGAGGCGCUUAAAAAAUACCAGGCGGAUGACGAAACUUUACGAAAUUGUUUCGAGGCGGUUGGGAAGAAAAUCGUGUCGAACGAUCGGGAAACGGUGUUUUUCAUUCGGCACGGAACCUUAUUCCGCAGGCACAAGUUGCCAGAUGGGACUGAAUUGGAGCAACUUGUUGUACCACGACAGUUGCGUGAGGUGGUGCUGAAACUAGCCCACGAAGGCAUUUUAGCGGGUCAUCAAGGUAUCACGAAGACAGUGAGCAGGGUCACUGGAGACUUCUACUGGCCGGGUGUCCAAUCCGACACAAAACGCUUCGUGAAAUCUUGCGACAUCUGUCAACGGACGGUGCCACGUCACCUGGUGGGACGCGCUCCCUUGGGCACCACGCCUAUCAUCGAGACACCGUUUGCGAGAGUCGGCAUCGAUAUUAUCGGUCCAUUGUCACCAACAUCUGAAAGGGGCAAUAGCUACGUACUGACAAUGAUAGAUUUUGCAACGCGAUACUCCGAUGCGGUAGCACUUCCCUCCAUUGAAUCGAGGCAGGUUGCAGAGGGUCUCCUGGAAAUGUUCUCCCGCGUCGGCAUACCAAGAGAGAUCAUCAGUGAUCGCGGCACAUCUUUCAUGUCAGCAGUCAUGAAGGAGUUCAGUCGACUGCUUUCGUUCAAACAGCUGCCACUACGCCAUACCAUCCCAUGGCUAAUGGUCUGA